GACGUUCAAAACGAUCAGCGCGGUAUGUCCCACUUCAAUUGGACACUCGAUACGGGGACAAACUAUCAUAUAUUGCGCACUGCCUGCUAUCCGUAUAUGAAAUAUCACUGUAGCAAGCGGGAAUUUCAGGAUCUCUCACUUGAGGACAAGUUCUUUCGUUUCCUGAAAAUUAUCAACCUGGGCCUACCUAUGCUCUUCUAUGGACUUGCAGCAAUACGUCUAAUUAGCCAUAAAGAAAUCGUUCGGGUUAGCGAUGAAGUGGAGGUACCAAUAUACUUUCUGUACGCGGAGGAUAAGGGGGCCAGAUUUUGAAUUUAUAUAUAUUUACAAAAUAUUGAUCUGAAGUCUGAUGCUUGGGAGGAAUUUUUGUUAUAAUCUGUCUUACAUACUAGAAUAUACGAAUAUAUUACCCAACAA